AUGCCCAAGAAAAGCUCUGAUCAAAGACGUGAGAGAGAUGCUGAUCAGUUAGGCUGGAUAUCUGGUAUUUUCACAAAGAAGAAGAAGAGAUCAUCAUCACCACCACAAGAAGCAACUGAGAAUGAAGAUUCGGGUUUGAUGAAAAAACACAAAGCCAAGAAUCUGCAAUUGUUUCUCUCUGAUAUCAUGAGGAAGCUGAAACAUUCAUCCAAAAAGGAGAAACCACAACAUGACAACAAGAGAUUAUUGGCCAAGAAUAAGAGACUUCAGAGGAGUUUAUCACCUACCAAAGAUCAUUUCUUUCUCGAGCGGAUGACUUCAAUACCUCCGAGGAGCUCUCACGAUGACAACAACCAAAAACAUCUUCCUGAGAUGUUAAGCGAUCAAGAUUUUGAUCAAACGGAGACUUUCUCGCUUCCCGAGUAUUCAUCUCCUUUCCCUAGUCCAGGACGAACAUGGGACAGAUCUUUCUCUUCUGACGAUUUCAUGGUGUCUGAAACAGUUUCAGGUGAAGUAAAGAGACAACCUUCGUGUAACCAGCUGCAAGAAAAAACCAAUCCAAUGGAUGAGAAAGAGUCAGUGUUUAAGUACGUAAAAGCGGUGAUGGAUGCAAUAGACUCAAACUGGGAAGAGCUCUAUCUGAAAACAGACUUCUCUGACCAGAUUCUUAACCCGGCGUUGAUCAGCAACAUACCAUUCUAUCCAAACCAGCUUUGUGCUGACCAUGAGCUGCUCUUUGACUGCAUCAACCAAGUUCUCUUUGAAUUCUGCAGCUUUCCUCAGUGGGUUUCGUUCGUUAAACCCAGAGCCCAAGUCUUGUCAUUUAGUGUGGAGGGCAUCGUUCACGAGGUUCAGAAAGAGGUUUAUUGUCGUCUCCUUCCAUUGGGAUUCGACCAAAUCGUUGGGGAAGACAUGGCCAACUCAAGAGACUGGUUAGACAUUAGAUGUGAGCUUGAGUGCAUUGGCUUUGAGACUAGUGAGUUGAUUCUAAAUGAUCUGUUGGAUCAACUCAUGCUUGACUUGUGA